AUGCCUAGUUAUUAUUCCUCCAAUCAGUCGAGAUACCCUGCAAGUACAGAAAGCCUACUCGAGCAGCCCACGGGAUCCCAUCGCGUCAAGUAUCGCGGCGCAGGCGAGCACUCCCGAUGGGACUUUGCGCUUGAGACCGAGCAUCGCCCCAUCGAUGUCUCCCUCGUCCUGCCCCACUACCGCGCCCGUAGCCAGCCGCUGGAUCAUCGCCUGUCGAUGUAUGUCGGAAAUGAGAUCGGUGAGACCAUCAAGAUCAAGGUGUGCCGUAAUUUUCUCCCGACCCGCACGACCAAGUUUCACCUGGAGGUGUAUUCCUCCUCAAACGCGGACGUAACCAUAUGGCUCCCUUCCGACUUCCGCGGGCACAUCCACCGCUCCGCAAAGUGCAAGAAAGUCUCUUUCUCAGCAGGCUUCACGAACCGCAUCAUGCCCAACGCCUGCCUGACACAGUCUCGCCGGCCCUCUGUCGUUUCCACCCCGGAAAGCGUCACACAUCAGUUCUCGGACAUCUACAUUGCCGAUGAUGCGGGCGUUUACUCCGAUAACGAGAAGUGGAACGCCGGCUACAUCAGCAGCGGGACAGAGGAAGACGAGGUUGUCGUCCACACGCUCGGGCACGUAACGUUCCGUAUGUGGGACGUCCAUCGCGGGGAACCCGAAGUUCGCUGUCGUGAGGCGUGCAAACGUGUCUUCGCACUGGGGUGGUGUUCAAAACGCAUCCCGGAAGUGGCCAUCGACUGGGAUUUUCUGCUCGAGGAUUGA